AUGGCCGAACAAUCCACCCUCCGCCAAUCGGCCGCUGAGGAGGCCAUCGCCGCCUUCUUCGACAAGUACUCGACACUCAUCCGCACCCGCCUCCGAAAUACCUCCCGCACAACCCGCCAGCUUGCCGUCCUUGCUCUCGCCGCGUCCAUUGUGCUCAGCGCCGCCGGCGGGAGGAGAUGGUGGAGGCGUCGGCGCGAGGAGCGGGAGCAGGGCCGCAAGCUCGUCCGCACCAAUUCGUGGCUGCACAAUAAAGAUGGCUCCCGCACAAUAUAUGUCCCCUACAAGGAUGGCACUUCCAAAGUUGUCAUCCAGACCACUAAGCCUUUGACCUUCGAGGCGCAUCGUAGGCUGUUCUUGAACCCGCCGCGGGUGUCCGGGCUCGGCGACGGCACUGUCCCAUCGGCACAGACGAAGCCUGGUUUGAACCUGGCCUUUCUGCACCAGUUCCUAAGUUUGAUGAGCAUCAUGAUUCCGAGGUGGUCGAGUAAAGAGGCCGGCCUUCUCCUGAGUCAUGGCGUAUUCCUGAUGCUUCGAACUUACCUGUCCCUCGUCGUCGCCCGGCUCGAUGGUGAGAUUGUAAGAGACUUGGUUGCCGGGCAGGGAAAGAAGUUUCUUUGGGGAUUGGUCAAGUGGUGUGGUCUUGGUGGCUUCGCCUCCUACACGAACGCGAUGAUCAAGUUCCUCGAAUCCAAGGUCUCCAUCGCUUUCCGAACAAGGCUUACUCGGUACAUCCACGACCUCUACCUAAACGACAGCCUCAACUAUUACAAACUGUCCAACUUGGACGGCGGUGUCGGACAGGGCGCCGACCAGUUCAUCACGCAAGAUCUGACGCUCUUCUGUGCCGCCGCAGCGAAUCUGUACUCGUCGCUCGGCAAGCCGUUUGUCGAUCUUUGCGUAUUCAACUACCAGCUGUUCCGAUCGCUCGGCCCGCUAGCUCUGACAGGUCUGCUGAGCAACUACUUCUUGACAGCAAGUAUCCUGCGUCGGCUGUCCCCUCCAUUUGGCAAGCUCAAGGCUGUGGAGGGACGCAAGGAGGGUGACUUUAGAAGCUUACACGCCCGUUUGAUUGCGAACGCCGAGGAGAUUGCUUUCUAUGGAGGUGCCGAUAUGGAGAAGCAAUUCUUGAACAAGGAAUUCAAGUCGCUCAAAAACUGGAUGGAGGGCAUCUACAUGCUCAAGAUUCGAUAUAACAUGCUCGAGGACUUCAUCCUCAAGUACAGCUGGAGUGCGUACGGCUACCUGCUGUCGUCGUUGCCCGUCUUCCUUCCCGCGUGGGGUGGCCUCGGCGGUGCGGCAGAGUUGGCCGAGACCGCUGGCAAGGGCCACAGAGAGCGUGGUCGUAUGAAGGAGUUCAUUACCAACAAGCGCCUCAUGUUGUCGCUGGCGGAUGCUGGCGGUAGAAUGAUGUACUCCAUCAAGGACCUUUCAGAACUGGCUGGCUACACCAGCCGAGUUUAUACUCUCAUCUCGACACUCCACAGGGUUCAUGCCAACGCCUACUACCUUCGUGGCCAGCCAAGCGAGUUGCACUCCCUCUCGGACGUCCAGGGUACGAUCCAGAAGGGCUUCGACGGUGUUCGAUUCGAGAAUGUCCCGAUUGUUGCUCCGGCCCUCUGGCCCAAUGGUGGUGAGGAGUUGAUGGAGUCUCUCUCGAUGGUUGUGAGGAGAGGAGAGCACCUUUUGAUCUCCGGACCCAACGGUGUCGGAAAAACAGCUAUUGCACGCGUUCUCGCUGGAUUGUGGCCGGUUUACCGUGGACUCGUCAGUCGCCCCAAGGACAUCGGACAGGACGGUAUUAUGUUCCUGCCGCAACGGCCGUACCUCAGCAUCGGUACCUUGCGUGACCAAGUCAUCUACCCCGACGGACACCAUGACAUGCGCGAGAAGAGGAAGUCAGAGGAUGAUCUGAAGCGCAUUCUGGACGAGGCUCGCCUUGGCUACCUCCCUGACCGCGAGGGUGGUUGGGAUACCCGCAAGGAGUGGAAGGAUGUUCUCAGCGGUGGUGAGAAGCAGCGCAUGGGCUUUGCCCGUGUUUUGUACCACGAGCCUCAGUACGCCAUCGUCGACGAGGGCACCAGUGCUGUGUCCCAAGACGUCGAAGGCUUGUUGUAUGAGACAUGCAAGGAGAAGGGCAUCACACUCAUUACUAUCUCCACGCGCGCCUCUCUCAAGAAGUACCACACCUAUAACCUUAUCCUCGGCAUGGGCGAGCGGGGCGACGAGUGGGAGUUUGAAAGGAUCGGAACGGAGAGAGAGAAGAUGCAGGUAGAGAAGGAGCUGCAAGAUCUCCGAGAGAGACUCGAGCAGGUGGAGACGUGGAAGGCAAGGCGGCAGGAGAUCGAGGAUGAGCUAUCCCGUGUGUGGGUUGCCGGCGGCGAAUCUCUGGACCCGCCUUCAUAUGCAGAGAGCGAGAGCGACAGCCUCAAGGGAAAGGGAAAGGAGGUGCAAGGCGAUGCCUAG